AUGGAGGUAAUUAAGCAGCCAGAUCCAUUAUCCCUUGAAGGUAAUGUCGAUCACAACUGGAGGAGCUUCAAACAGAGGUUUGAAAUGUAUCUGUUGGCUGAAGAUGGGGCCGGAUUUAGCGACCAACGCAAAAUCGCAGUUCUCCUGACGGUAGCGGGCCAGCCGGCCAUGGACCUGUUCAACACGUUUGAAUUGUCAGAUGCGGACCGAGCAAAGUACGAUAAGGUCAUCGAACAAUUCGUUAAAUACUGUUCCCCUAAGAAAAACGAAACAUACGAACGUUACGUGUUCAGGUCGAGGCUUCAAAAGCAAGGUGAGACGUUUGAUUCGUUCAUCACCGACCUCCGAUUAAAAUCGAAGACGUGCAAUUUCGCUGACUUGGCAGAUUCGAUGCUACGAGAUCAAGUAGUUUUCGGUAUAGCUGACUCGAAAAUAAGGGAGAGACUGCUCAGAGAGUCUGAGUUGUCACUUGAAAAGGCUGUGAAGGUCUGCAAGAGCGUUGAGGCCGCUCAAAGACAUGUGAAAGUGCUUGCUGAUCAUGCUGCCAGCAAGCCCAAUGUUGCUGAAAUUGGCAUGGUAAAUGGUCCCAGAAGGAACUUCAAACAACAGGGUGCUAGUGGUGGAGGGAAGCCACGAACCGGUAAUAAAGGACAAAAACGUCGUCCUCCGUUCAAAAAGAACUCAGUACAAAAAACUACUGCCCCAAGUUCAGCACUAUGUACCAGGUGUGGUACAGCUCAUGAGCACGAUAAACAAAAGUGUCCAGCGUAUGAUGCCACCUGUCGGAAGUGUGACAAACCAAACCACUUUGCAAGGUUUUGCAAAACUCCAGCCAAUGUAUCAGUGGUUCACACUGCCAAUGCAGAGAUGCCUGAUGUCGGCUUUGAAGAUCUUUUCAUAGGAACGGUCAAUACAAAUGAUGAACCGGACCAACAGGUCAAUGCCGAGCCAUAG